AUGGACGACAGCGUGGGAGUCGCCUCUUGCUACGGAUAUACCCUCGAUGGCGACAACAUCUUCCCCGACCCCACAGACCGUAUCUACCACCAGCCCAACACCCGCCGCAGACUCUCUAGAUGGAGUCGAUGGAGCAGACAACGACGCAGGAAGGGGAGGAGGCGGCAUCCCGACCACGACGAAAGUCGCGAUUGCGGUGCCAGUGGCCGUUGUCGGAACGAUCAUCCUCGCUGCGCUGAUAUUCUUCCUACUAAAACGCCGCCAACGGAAACAACCCAAGAACGUCCUGUCCUCGCCGUCUCAAACGGAAAUGAACCUGGGACCCGCCAGCUCCCACCAGCAAUCUCGGGCUCUCUGGACCCCUACGCCGCAGCCAGCGGAGAAUUCGGCGGCGUUUGCAGCGGCGUCCAUCCCGCGCCGGCCGGUGCCACAGACUGGGAACCAAGAGAUCCCAACUCAAGGGCCCGGGCGGAGGGGCAUGUCGUCGGAAUCAGGACGGGGCCAGAGUCGGUUCAUAGAACAUGA